UUGUGUGUAACGUAACAUUCCAUUGAGAAGAAGAGUGGAAAGAUGGCGUCCUCUAACAAUCCUCGCAAAUUCAGCGAAAAAAUCGCUUUGCAUAAUCAGAAACAGGCGGAGGAGACUGCUGCGUUUGAAGAAGUGAUGAAAGACCUGAAUAUCACCAGAGCUGCGCGGUUGCAGUUACAGAAGACCCAGUAUUUGCAACUAGGGCAGAAUCGUGGACAGUACUAUGGAGGCUCACUGCCCAAUGUCAAUCAGAUUGGAAAUGGCAACAUUGACCUGCCUUUUCAGAACUCGGUGCUGGAUACCAGUCGGACAACUAGGCACCACGGGCUGGUGGAGCGUGUUUACCGUGACCGGAACCGCAUCACGUCUCCUCACCGCCGGCCGUUAUCAGUCGACAAACACGGACGCCAGAUUGACAGCUGUCCUUACAGCUCAGUUUACCUCUCCCCGCCGCCAGACACUAGCUGGAGAAGGACAAAUUCGGAUUCUGCCUUACACCAGAGCGCCAUGAAUCCCAAGCCCCAGGAGGUGUUUGCAGGGGGGUCACAAGAGCUGCAGCCAAAACGAGUACUGCUGCUAACAGUGCCUGGGACGGAGAAUUCAGAGUCAAAUGCAGACAAGGAUGCUCAGAAACAGUUGUGGGAUGACAAGAAGGAUGAUUCAUCAAAACCCAACACGUGUGAUGUCCCGGGAAUCAAUAUAUUCCCAUCACCAGACCAGGAGUUGAACCCGUCCGUGCUCCCAGCUGCACACAACACCGGUGGUUCGCUGCCUGAUCUGACCAACAUCCAGUUCCCCCCUCCACUGUCCACCCCGCUGGACCCCGAGGACACCGUGGCCUUCCCCUCCCUCAGCUCAUCCAACAGCACGGGCAGCCUGACCACCAACCUCACCCACCUGGGCAUCAGCGCUGCCAGCCAUGGGAUUCCCACCUCAUCCCAGCCCACCAUGACUGUAACCGGACAACGCCGGCAACCACCCGUGGUGCCCCUCACCCUCACCUCUGACCUCCAUCUCCAGCAGUCCCCACAGCAACUUUCACCCACUGUCUCCUCACCCGUUAACAUCACACAGGCCGUGCCAACAGAGUCUUUGACCCUGGAGCAGCAGCUCUCCCAGUACCCCCUGUUCAACCAGCUGACGGCUCAGGCCCAGGCUCAGCUGCUCAGUGACCUCCAGAAGCAGCAGCAGGCCCUGUCGCAGGGCAUCCAGCUCAUCACCUUGCCAACUCUGGCCUCCCCUGGUACCGCCAGCAGCCCCUCCCCAGACAGCCAGACCACCGCCAGCAUCAGCAUCAGCUCGUACCGCAAUCAGACUGGCUCACCAGCCACUCAGUCUCCAACCUCCCCAGUCUCCAAUCAAGGCUUCUCCCCUGGCGGCUCGCCUCAACACAUUCCUGUAGUGGGCAGCAUAUUUGGCGACUCCUUCUACGAUCAGCAGUUGGCAUUGAGGCAGACCAAUGCCCUUUCUCACCAGCUGGAGCAGUUCAACAUGAUUGAGAACCCCAUCAGCUCCACCAGCCUUUACAACCAGUGCUCCACCCUCAACUACACACAGGCCGCCAUGAUGGGCCUGACCGGGAGCAGCCUACAGGACUCCCAGCAACUCGGCUACAGUAGCCACAGCAACAUCCCCAACAUCAUCCUAACAGUCACAGGGGAGUCUCCUCCGAGCCUCUCCAAAGAGCUGACCAACUCUCUGGCGGAUGUCGGCGACGUCAGUUUUGAUGCGGACUCUCAGUUUCCUCUGGACGAGCUGAAGAUCGACCCACUCACCCUGGACGGACUGCACAUGCUCAACGAUCCUGACAUGGUGCUUGCUGACCCCGCCACCGAGGACACGUUCAGGAUGGACAGGCUGUAGCGUAAGAAACUGACUGUUGCCAAGAACAAGAAGAAAAAAACUACACUAACUUGUGAAUGGAGAGAAAUAAAGGGCAGGAUGAACCCUCUCCCUCGUUGCAUGGCCGUCUAGCUGUCCGACCUCGCCCUCGACUCCGUGAAGCCCUUUGAAACGAUGCGCCACCAAAAGACAACAGGGAAAAAGACAUCCAGUGGCUUGCCGGGUAAUGGCCUCGCCAUCGUUUUGAAUGAGAUUGGUCGCUCAGCGCUUUCGCUAGCCUGCUGUGUUUACAGUGUACCAUUACAUGCCACAUAUAUUCCAAAAAUGCACAUUGACUUUUUUUUCCCUUUUCAUAUCCACUUUAAUAUUUGUUUUGUUGAAAUUUGCUCGUAGCAGGAAGCUGCUAGGACAUUGGGCAAAACCGUACCCGUUAGACCGGCUGGGUUAAAAAAACAAAGAAAAAUGUUCCAUAGCCGGUUUGCUUGUACCCUGCAAUCAAAUGAAUCGGUUUUCCCAUCGUGCCGUAACGGCUUUCUAUUUCACACUCAAAGCUUUAUUUUUGACAACCAAAUGUUAUUUUCAUCAUGUACUGUAUGUUUUGAUGUAUUUAUAUGUUCUAUUUAUUUGGUUAAAGAUUUUAUAUUCCAUUUCAUAAUUUAAAUUUGAUGCCAAAAUGCUCUCUGUAGGCAUAUUGUAAAAUUGCACUGAUGUAAUUUGUGUCUAUUUAUUAAUUACUAACAUAUUUAUAUAUGUGUUUGUUGAGCUACUUGGUUAAUGAAGGAGUGCAAAACCUCCCCAUAGUUGCUCUUUGGUGUUCGAUGUGCCAUUCUCUGACGUAGGACGUGGUAGACGUUGCUAUGCUGCAGCCCAACGGUCAAAUUAAAAUAUCAUAGUUUUUAGCACAGCUCCAGAAAAUGCUGCGUGCUCCAGAAAUGGGUCGGUUUUAUGCCACUUGAAUUAACUUUUUCUGAGAAAAUCAUCAGGUAUUUCUAGAAACUAGAAAGCAAGAAAAACAUGGCCACAUUAAUUUUCUGCCGGUGAAAAGCCAAUAAUAUAUCCAGACUGAACUUCUUCUCGGUGACGGAAGCGGUCUGUUUUUAAACACUAAAAUCUUAAAUCUUUUUAAGUCGUCACUGUGAAAUCACCUGAUUUUGCCUUACAUGAGUAUUCUACUGUUCUACUUAAGUGUCUAAUGUGACAGCGUAUUUUCGUAACUUAUUGUAACAUUUUCUUGUAUUUGAGAGGAACUUAAGUUUUCAGUCAGUGAUAUCUGUGGUUAUGUUGUGUAAGGUUUGACAAAUCAAUGUACUGUAUUUUGUAUCGGUACAGUUUAUAGCCAAAUUGUUGGUGUUUUUUUUAAAGUGGGGCUAAAAAUGAAACAAAAAAACAAAUGAAAGGAUGGGUUUGAAGUAUUUGAGCAGUGCAAUUAUGGGGAGGCUUUUGCUCCUUGACGGGGAAGCUCUAACAAAAACGCUAAUGACCUUUGCCACAGAAAUCAUCAAUAACAAAAGUACCUUACAAAGUAUAGGGAUUUUAAUGGCCAAUUAUAUUAUUGAAGCCUCCAAAUGGUUGUUUUCAUAAGAGUUUAUGAAAUAAGGAUUUUUAUUGUAGAACGUCGGUUUACUCCAUUUAGUAAACCGGAUAUAGUACAUAAAGCUUUGGUUUAAGAAAGAAUGAGUGUAUUUAUAUAUCUAGUAUUGUACGCUAUUAUUCUACAAGAUCGGCCCCGUUCCAUUCAGUAUUACAGACAACAAAAAUGGUGACAAAAACAAUCAGGGAUGUAGUAGAGUCUAAAAUUGUUUACGACACCUUGCCUAUCGGAAAAUGUUUACACGAGUUUCAUCUGAAAAUGUAUAUAUUGAUUUCAACUACAUCCAUGACGCAGUCUCCCUUGCCAAAAUGUGUGGAACAAAAUCACUCAAGUCAUUCACUUCAGAUUUCUAGUCUGCGUUUUGUCAGAGUUUCCCUGAGAGGUGUGUUUAGGUGUGUGGGAUCAUGUUUGCUAUACUGUAAUGUUCAUGUACAGACGUGCUAAUCAUUUACUCACCUAAAGCGCUGUUGGGAAGGCUUUCCACCCACCUACCCCCCAUCCCCGAAUAGGAAUCACGUUUGGUUAACUGCACACCUCUGCAGUUGUACAGUUUGUUUCAGUUGAAGUGUUUGUCUGCUGUAAUCCUCCAUCAAAGGUUUUGUUUUGCCUUGCCUUGCCAACAGAUCUGUGAUUCCUAUGCAAAUGAGACAAAAAAAACGCCCCUUAAAGGAAAAAUCCACCUCUGAUGUUUUAUUGUUUAACACAUUCUAGAUGUUUAGCUGGAUUUUUUCUUCAGAAAUGGUGUUGUAUUGGAGGCCAAGGCCAAACGACAACAACAAAAAAUACCUGUAAGAGCUGUUAAUGGUCAGCUUAGGCAAUUUUCUCUAUCAGUAACACUUAAUGAAUAUAUAAUGUGAGAUAGCAAGGCUAUUUACAGUGCUCAGUCAUUAUUAUUGCUCUGUGAAGUCUCCAUAAUAAAGUCCCAAUUAAUCAUUUUUAUUUUAUCUAAAUUAUCUUUCUUCACCGGCUCCAUACUCUUUUACAAAAUGGUUGAAAAAAUUUUAAUUAUAACUUCGACUAAACAGCGAAUGCCCGGCUUAGUUAUUGCCAAUUUUUCAGUCGAUGGUCAAAUUUGUAAUUUAGGAAUUCAAUGAAAGAAAAAUGUAAAUUCAACUAGUUUGACUAUAUGAGUGCAGGACAUCCAUCGAGUUUUGCUCUGGUGCUAUGACAAUCAAGUGAAAUCGCACGCUGAACUAUAAAUUUUUCUGCGUCAGAGGAACAUCUUAACUGAAAGGCGUAAAGCUAAAUCCAGCCUUACUUUGAGAUGAAGUAACAUUGGUUUCUGUUUUUUUUGUUUGUCUUUUUUUAACCUCUCACCCUGCCACGUCUUCACUUGGUAAUUUUCUCAGUCUUUCCAGAAUUCUUCUCCACCUUAACACCUCUCUUCCUGUGUGAUUAUUGUCUAGAAAGACACCCGUUCUCUUUUAUCCUGAAGGAACUGACGCUAAAUCGGGCGUACUGUUAAUGUUUUAGAUCACUGAAACGCUAUUAAAACUAUUUGUUUGGGCCACAUAGGAGGAAGAAAAACUUAAAAAUGGUCCUGGAAAUGCACGGCACUUCACCAAUAUUAUCUUAAGCUGGAUUUUUCCUUUAAGUCACUGAAACAAAUGUAUAUUUAUUCCUUAAAAAAAUAAGCAUUGUGUUUGAGCCAAAUGUCACUGCUGCAUUGCCAGUGACUUUGAGUUGUUCUGUCACUUCCUUCCUGUCAUCCUGUUGAAUACUAGUCCUUCACACUGACCUUGUACAUAUACACUAUAGCUGAAACAAAAUGCAUGACUAAAUUGACAGUCAAAACCUCUAAAUGAAGGCCUUCUAUAUGUCCGCAGGUUUGAGUUGUGGAACAUAAAGUCUAAAGGGAUGCAUGUAUGGGUUUCUCCUGGGCAACAGUUAACUCAGUUAUCUGUUAAGUGACUCUGUUACCUCCAUCUCUGUAUAAUGCUACUUCACCAAUGAUAAGAGAAUGUAUUUUCUGUGGCAAGUGUCCCAGUUUUAGCCCAAUGACCUGAUGUUUUGGAGGUUUUGGUCCUGUCACAGUCAGACCAGACUGGUAUCUCUCUGCUUUCAGUCCUCCCCUUGUUCUGACUGUUGCUCGCUCUCGCUCUCUCUGUCUCUCUGUCUCUGCCCCCCCCCCCCCCCCCCGGCUUGUGCAUCGUUUGCAUAUGUGGACUCUUCUCAUCUUCUGAAGCUUCUGCAUUACACAGUCAACUGCAUAACUGCAUGACAUGAUAGACAUGUUGAGCGGAUUCUCAUCAGUUUGAUCUAGCCAUGCUCGUGUGUUUUAAGGCAUCAGAUGCUUGUUUUAUGUUGUGGCUGCCUAUCAUGGUAGGUUUUGGGCUAGUGUCAUUCGGUUUUGUUUUUCUGUUUUUGUGCUUUAGUCACAAGUGUUUAGUCCACUAGUUGUUUGGCACUUUAUUUGCGACUUCCUGGCUUUUGAGCAGGGACUGUUCUGCCCUAUGUGAAUGCUGACUGUUUUACUCCCGAUGUAUACUCCGGAGAUAUUUUCAUGUGAAAGAAAAGAUGAAUUCUCUAUUUUCCUCUGUAAACUUUUGGCUUGUCUUGUUUUUUUUGUGUGGUUUUUUAUCAGUGAAGAUUUUAGAGGAUGCAAAACUAGAAAGGGCUUACUCCAGUGCAGCUUGUGCUCUUGUGUUGGAAAGGAACUGCACUCCGAAUGUAUUUCCUUGUUGGUCAUUUCGGCUUUAGUAGUUAGUUGCGUCCUGAAGUGAAGCAGUUUUUGACUUUGACUGCACAUACUGCCACUACCAGAGUACUGUACGGUGCUGCGACACAGUCUCACUGGGACUCUAAAAUGCAGGUUACAUGUUUUGGACAUGUGAUUGGAGAAUGUGAUUCCAUCAAAAUGAUAACAUGUCAAACAACUCUUCUCCAUGUUUUAUCUACCCAACAUGUAAAGCUUGCAGGUGUAAUAGUAGAUGUUGCAUGUUGUACUGGAGAAGACUUGUUAGAAACGUUGAAGCUCUCACUGGUCUACACCUGUACCAUAUAACGACAUGUGACAAAGGUAUUAGAUGCCUUUUUCAAUUGUCACAGGUUUGCUAACAAGGUUAGCUAACAACAACGAUAGCAAUGGUAAAUAUUUGAGUUUAGUUAGGCAGCUAAUACACAUUUUAAAGAGAGGAAAUAAAGGCAUUUAUUAGGGUAAAAAAGUAAACUUUGUUCUAAAAUGUCUUUGCCUGAUCCUGUCUUGGUGGAAAAACAGUUACUUCUUGCAUGCAGAGCAUGUAUUUGCAUUUUGAGACUCGGCAGUGAUUUCCAAAACAUUUGCUGAGGUUUUAGGAAUGUUAACAUGUGGAAAGCAAACUUUUCAGGCGACGAACGAAAGCUGGAAGUCCAUUUUCCUGACAGAUAAGAUGAACAAAUCACCUCAAAGUAUAUUUUCUACGCGUUGUAAAGUAUUUUGUUUUGACUUAUCUGCUUGUUUAAGUCUGAGCCACUACUAACGUGCAUUGCUUGAUUGCACAGCCCGUGUUUAUGUUGGGUGAAAAAGCAGUGAAUCUAAAUCUUGUCCCAAACUGAUUAAGCAGAUGAGUUCAGCUCAAACAGGAGUCCUUCGUUUCAAUGCGUCUCGUGAGUCCCAGGAUGAAAGGAAAGAGUUGCUGCUCGGUCUUUACUGCUUGUUCCUAGAGUGUUUUAGGUCUGAAUAAAAUCUCCCUUUAAUAACCCGGGGUUUUCUAAAUGACUCUACAGCUCUCUCUGGAAAAACAGUUUAAGUUCCACCUAAAGCUUAUAGUGAGAAUAGCAUUAUAUCACUGUUGCCCUGUAAGUCGUAGUAAAAGAUCUGUAGCUAUUUAUUUGUUGCCAUGUGAUUCUCCUUAUGUGACCAUUUGUUUAUAAGAUGAAAGAAAAAAAUGUCAAUUAAAUUGAAUGUGGAAGACAGA